UGAAACUAGAACCGUGAAAGCCAAGAAAAGUCUUCCUUAUUUUUUUGUUCCCUUGGGUUGGAAUCCAAGAACCCUAUAACUUUUAUUUAUAAUUCAUAUUCAUUCCUUACUUCCUCCAACAUUGAUGAGGGAAAAUGGGGGUGCUUUCCAAUAAGGUUGAUCCUUCAAACCUUAAUCCUGGUGAUCAUAUUUACUCUUGGAGACAGGCUUACAUCUAUGCACAUCACGGAAUUUAUAUAGGUGAUGGAAUGGUGAUCCACUUCACAAGGGGUGCAGACCAAGAAAUAGGAGCAGGAACUGUCUUAGACCGUCUUCUAUUCAGUUUACCUCCCUCCCAUCCUACAGACACACCAUGCCAAAGAUGUGGCGGCGACCAGACAAGAAAAGAUGGUGUCAUCUCUUCUUGCUUGGACUGUUUUCUCUCUGGUGGUGACCUUUACCUCUUUGAAUAUGGUGUCUCACCAGCAUUCUUUCUAGCCAAAGCUAGAGGUGGUACCUGCACCCUUGCAACUUCCAAUCCAACCGAGCAAGUGCUUCACCGUGCUUUCUUCCUCCUUGAGAACGGGUUCGGUGGCUACCAUGUCUUUAAGAACAACUGUGAGGACUUUGCAAUCUACUGCAAAACUGGCCUGCUUGUAUUCACAAACAUGAGUGUUGGGAGAAGUGGUCAAGCAGCAUCUUGUUUUGCUGCUGCUAGUGCCUUAGUUUCUUCACCACUUCGGUUCAUGACCACGGGUAUCGGCGGUCUAUCGUUGGUUGGUUGUGGCAUGUACUGUGUUAGCCGAUUGGUUUCGGAUAUUGGAGUUCGCCGAGACGUAACUAAAGUUCCGGUGGAGAAGCUUGUAGAUUCAUUGGAUUCACCGGCUAAGAUAACUGAAAUGGCCAAGUUAGACUAAAGAUGGUUGCACAUAAGUAUGUCAGAAAAUAAUGUCAAGUAUGAUCAGUGUUCUAAAACUGCCUAAUUUGUCAAACACUUAACAGAUGAAGUUUGUUGUGGUAUCUGCAAUUUUCAACUGUGCAGUUUAAAACUACUUAAGAUUCUCUCAAAUGAUUAUCAUUGUUUAGCAGUAGUUAACAUAUUUAUUUACUCUUGCCAACAUAGGAGUUGUAUUUCUUUAUAUUUUACUAUGUUCAUGUUUAUUAUGGAAAACAAAUAUCUUGCAUCUCACAAAUUGAUCAAAGUUUUAUGCUGCCUUUCACCAGGUGUAUAUCAGCUCAACUAACAAGAAUAGAGAUUAAUGCGUAAAGCAUAAUAUAAAUUUGUAAAUCGUAAGCACCAUGUAAAAUUGGGGUGUCUAAGAUAAUUGUCCCGGCAAAAUAGUCAAUAAAUGUGGAAAAAUCCCCACCAAAAUGAAAUGAAAAUAGAGAGAACUACAAGAGAAUAAUAUUAAACAAAAAGGUGUUGAAUCUUUUACAAGAUUUUGCUAUUAACUGGAGUGGAACAUUACACGAAUUUGUAGCAGUUUCACCUAUUUUACCUAUAAAAAUACAUUAAGAUAUAAUACAAAAGGG